AUGUUUCGAGAAUACUCAUUACCUAAUUAUUACAAUCCUCAAUAAAAUCUAUUUAAGAAUGCUGGAAUGUAAAGUGUAGAUUUCUAUGGAAAUAUUGGAUAUCCUAAACCAGAACACCCUGUUUUAAUGUAAUAAUAAUACUAUGACAAUUAUCAAUACAAUAAAAUGUUUUCCUCUUAGGUCUUUACUCCUCAUGUAUAACCUAUAUUUAUUGCUGGCCCUAUUUAUAAAAAUGCACCUAUAUUUUAUGGUCCUUAAAAUUUAAGUUAAAGUUUAUUCUAACCAGUUGAAAAAAAAAGGUUUUAGAAUUACAAUUAACCUGAUGAAAUUAUUGAAAAUACGAAUAGUUUAAACUUAUAAUCUAAAUAAUAAUUAGAUGAAAACAUUAAAAUUAGAAAUCAAAUUUUAAAUGCAUGGAAUUUUAUAGAUGAAUAAUAAAAUGAAAUUUAAAAUUAAAGACAUAGUCAGACUUAUAGUGAUAAUAAUACUAGAUCUUAAUAAAAUUAGAAUUUUGAAAAAAAACCUCCUAGAAAACAUGAAUCAAAAAAUAGUGUCAAUUCUUUUAAGUCUUUUGAAGAAGAAAAACCAAAACCAUCAUAAAAACUAUAACCUAUCAAGGAAGAGAAUGAAUAACCUAAAACUAUUUUUUCUACUUAAACAUAAUAGAAAUCAAGAAAAAGAGGUAAAAGGAAUUUAAAAAUUAUUUUAAAAGCUUUAUCAUUUAUACUUAUGUAUUUCUUAUAAAUGAAGAGAACAAUUUUGAAAAGAAAAAAAAUAUAGGUUAGUACUGAAAUAGCAAAUAAAGCUAUGGCUGAAGGUAGUGAUUGGAUAUUAAAAUUUGCUGAAAAUGAUUUAAUGUAAUUUUGGAGCAAAAAAGAAUCAUAUAAUUGGUUAGAAAAUGAUUAACUUUCAGAUAAAGAAAAAUCUAACAGAAUUAGUAAAGUUAAACUUUUUAUUUAAAAACUUUCUAUUAUUAUAUUUGAAAAUUUAAAAGAAUCUUGUUUUAAUCCAGAGUUUUUUUCAUUUUUAGCUUAAAUUACUUAAAAUUUUUAAUUCCCUCCAGAUUAAUAUUUUUUUAAUUUUGAAGUUUCAAGAUUAGAAUUUAAUUCAUUUGGAGCUAUUAAAAAUAUUAAACUUGAAUAAUAAAAAAUGGUACUAGCAUUUUUUAUCUUUAUACGAAUAUUAGGAUUUACAAUUUUAUAUGCUCCAUGGAGUUUAGGACUAAGCAAUAUUAAAAAAACAACAAUUUUAGAAACAAAUUCCUUAAUUGUUGUUUCUGUUUUAUAAGAAUUAGUAAUUGGAGAGUUUAGAGAACUUAAAGUCUUAGAAAAUAAUUAAAAUCAUUUAAGUAACGAAUUAAAAAUUAAUCCUCGUCCACAAGGUCCAUUAAAAGUAUAUAAUAAUAAAUAAAUUCUAAGAUAAUACCGGAUCCAAAAACAUAACAGGAAAAAUUAUAAUUCAAAACUUAACUUGAACCUUUGAUACAUCCUACUUAUAAACUUGAGUAAAUGAAAGAUUUAUUUGAAAAAUAGAUAGAGGUAUUUCUAUGUUUAUAAAAUUUAGUGGGUAGAUAAUAUGAAGGAUAAAUUUGAUCAAAUAUAUGCAUAAUUAGUAAAAAUAACAAAUUCUUGGCAUAGAAAUAACAAAGUUUUAAUAACAACUGGAUUGAAGCAGAAAAAAAAUUAAAGAUUUUGA